AUGGCUGCAGCCAAGCUGGCUCAGGUACCAGAGGCCUAUGAGGAGGUGAUUGUCUUUUCCACCGAGGAGGAGGAGGAGGAAGAGGAGGAGGAUGAGGACCCCAGUUGGGGACUGGAGGCAGGAAAACCAAUUAAAACUGAAUCCAGACAAGACAGAGAGUUUCCAACUUACACAGCUGAAUUCCUUGCACAACUGGAGCGAGGGGAAGAGGCCUGGGUGCCAGACAUCCACAGUUCUGAAGAAAGCGGUGAUGAGGAACCCAUUGGACGACUCCUGAAACUGGGAUCAACAAUAAAAACAUACUGGAAUUACUACAAACUGAGCUCCCCCAGUUCAACCUCAUCACAGCCAGCAGGUGAUGGGACAGCAAGUGAGGAUGAGGAGGAGAGUCCCCAGAAAGAAGAUCCUGAGCAGCUGGAGCCACAUGGGAUAUUAUGGGGAAGAGCUAAAGGGGAUGACUCUCUGGCAUGUGCAAAACAGCACCGGAAAGAGAGGCAGCAGAAAAACCAUCCAGCAAAGAAACUGCCCCAGUCUGGUGCUAAUGGGAAAGAGCACAAAAACCUCAAUGUCAAGACACAGCAAGGGGUGCACCCAGGACAGCAGAAACAUGUGUGCACUGAGUGUGAGAAAACCUUCAGCAGGGGCUCCUCCCUCAAUAGACACCUGAGAACCCACACGGGAGAGAAACCCUAUCAGUGCCCUGAGUGUGAGAAAAGCUACGCUUCCAAAUCAAGCCUCGUGGUCCAUCAGAGAAUCCAUUCUGGGGAGCGACCCUUUGUAUGCUCCAACUGCGGGAAGAGCUUCAUGUCAAACAAGUCCUUAAGAAAGCAUCUUAAAAUUCAUAAGGCAGAAAGCAUCCACCGUUGCCCUGACUGCAGGAAAAGCUUCACAGACAGCUCCUCCUAUGAUAUUCAUCGGUUGAUCCACCUGGGGCUACUACCCUACCAGUGCCUGGAGUGUGGGAAAGUCUUCCUUGAACACUCAUCUCUGACCAAGCAUCAGAAGAAACAUGGAGAACAGAAAUCUUGUCCAUGCCCUGACUGUGGGGAAAGCUACAAUGAUCACUCAGCCUUGGCCAUGCACAAGAGAACUCAUGAGGACUACAGGCCUUAUGAAUGCCCCCACUGUGGAAGAUGCUUCAGGGACCGCUCGACCCUUGUUCGACAUAUAAGGAUCCACACUGGGGAGAAACCCUAUAAGUGCCCUUAUUGUGGGAAGACCUUCCGGGCCAGCUCAACCCUCACCAUCCAUCGGAGACUCCACACGGGAGACAAACCCUAUCAAUGCCCUGAGUGUGAGAAGGACUUCAGGUCCAGUACAGGCCUCACAAAACACCGGAGAACUCACCUGAAAAAGAAAUUACCCCACCAUUAUCUUCAUGCACCAGUCCAAAAGCCGGUAGGAGUUGAUCCCAAGCUGACUGAUGACUCUGCUUCCAGCUCUUCCUGGCUUACUGACCCCGGGCAGAAGAGAUUCCCAUGA